AUCGUCUUCCGGCCGGGCCGGGCACUUCCAAAAACGAAAAUAAACCAUAAAACUAAUAACAUAAUAGGUGUCAUACGUAAUAUCUGUUGUUGGUUAAUGCUCAGGUGUAACAAAAUACUAUAUUUUUAUAUCUAUUUCGCACAAAUAGGUCUAGGUGAUUUUGUUUAAUCUGUACGAGCAAUGGGAUUCGAUGAAGGCAGCAUAAUUUUAAAUAGUGACAAUGGAGCGUAUUAUCCCGGUCAGACGAUCCACGCAAGACUGGUUUUUAAACAGGAUAAAGUUAAGAAUUUUCGCGGUAUCUAUGCAAAAAUAAAAGGAUAUUGCGAAGUUCGUUGGACCUCUAGACACACUCGUAAAAACGCAAACGGCAGAGAGGAGACAUACGAGCGCGUUCAUGAAUCCCACGAGGAGUAUAUAAAUCGGAAGCUGUAUCUAGUGGGUGGGGAAAGCGGUGAACAUGAGCUACCACCAGGGGACCAUGACUUUCCUUUCGACUUCACUCUACCAGCAAACUGCCCUUCGUCCUUCGAGGGCAGCGCGGGCCACGUACGCUAUGAAAUAAAAGUGGUUGUAGACAGAGCAUUCAAAUUUGAUCAAGAGAAAAAGGUCGCUGUUAGAGUGAUUGCGCCAGUGGACUUGAACGCUAACCCUUAUUGUAAGGAGCCCAUGGAGUUCAACUUCGAAGACACCUACUACUGCUGCUGCAUGGGCUCAGGCUCUAUGGAGACGCUGGUGAAGCUGCCGCUCUCCGGCUACUGUCCCGGCCAGGUCAUACCCGCGGAGGUGGCCUGUUCCAACAAGGGGGAUGUAGAGAUUGACACCAUCAAACUGAUCCUUAAGAAGGAAAUAAGCUACAUAGCGACCACGAACCCAGACACGAAGCACACAAAGAGCGUGGUAGCGGAAAUAAAAAAGGGCCCAGUUCCCGCCAACACCACUCGCAAUUGGAACGUGGAAAUGGUUGUGCCGGAUGUCGAUAUAUACAAUAUGGACACGUGCAGAUUCAUCGAUAUCGAUUAUGUGUUUAAGGUGGUAGUGAGUCCAAGUGGUUGCCAUAACGACACAGAAGGCUUUAAGCGCCUCAUUAUCGGAAACGUAGCUCUAGUCGGAUAUCAGGAUAAUGUUCCCAACCCUCUACAAGAUCAAAUGCCCCAAGUGAAUACCCCACUCAUCAAUCAAUCAUUAAAUGCUUCCCCUUAUCCUAAUAGAAAUCCACCUUAUACUGGAAGUAUGCAAAAUCUAGCAAACCCACCAUAUCCUACUACUAAUUCACCCUAUCCCCAGAAUUCUCCCUAUCCUGUGGCAAGUCCCUAUCCUACAGGUCCUAAUCCUCCAUAUCCGGCACCUUCUCCUAUACCAGGAAAUAACUCACCUUACCCAGCACCGUCCCCUAUCCCGGGAAAUAACCCACCCUACCCAGUGACAUCCCCUAUCCUGGGAAAUAACCCACCUUACCCAGUAACAUCCCCCAUCCCGGGAAAUAAUUCACCCUAUCCAGCACCAUCCCCUAUCCCGGGAAAUAUUCCGCCUUAUCCCACCUCUUCACCGUAUCCUAAUACAAAUUCAAAUAAUGUGCCAUGUACACCACAAACUAGACCUCCGUAUCCUAAUUCACAAAGCAGUACCCCCUAUCCUCAAAAUCCUCCCUAUCCUCAAACCAGUCCAUAUCCCAGCCAGGGACCUGGACUUAAGACUGGAACAUUUGGCUUUGCUGUACCUGGAAUGCCUGUUAGAGCCUCGGACAAUGUCCCUAAUCCCACCUCGCCAAUGUCAAACAUGAAUCCAUAUGCAACAGCCAGCGCACCGCCCGAUACACCGGAUAAAUAAUAACUUCUAAUGUUACCUGCUAUAUUUUUUCUAACAAGAAAAUGUAUAAAUGUUUUAUUUUUUUAAUUUUCGUCUAUAACUACUUACAAUUAUAUAUUUCUUUUUUAUAAUUUUAUAGUACAUAAUAAUGAAUACAUACAUAGUAAUUAACUCAAAUAUAUACCUAAUGUAUUUAGCCGCAGCUGAAAAAGCCACUGUGCUAUAUAAGGGUAAGUACAAACAUUUUAAAUUCGAAAUUGUGAUAUCUACAUGGCUUAAUUUUUUUAGAUUUUUGUAUUAUGAAUAAUAAAAAUUGCUUAUGAUAGAAUUAUACUCAUUAUGAAUGGACAUACUAUUUUGAUAAUUAUAAUAUUUUGUUAAAAUAUUUUUUUAAGAUUCACUGCACUCACUACUGCCUCCACUUAAUUUUAGCCAAUUAUUUUUUUAGAUUUAAAAUGCUUGUUCGUCCAAUAAUUAUCGUUUAUAAAUAGUUUAUUCCAGUUUUUUAAAGUAUGUGCUUAAUAUUGUUCUAUAUAAUCGGUUAUAUUUGAUAAUUUAAUUGUUAUACAAAUUGAUUCUUAUGUGUUGGUUUUUAUAUAAAAUUUAAAAUGGUGCUAAAGUUUCGAAAUUGUACUACAAAUCGCAUCACUAUAAAGUUACUGUUAAUAUAUUUUUAUUGAGAUUACAGACACAUAGUGUCAAAUA